UGUUGCUUUUGUCCUAAAGGUAAUGACAACUCACAUUUACUGACUGCAUUGUGCCAGACAUGGCUGUGAACAUUUCAAGUUAAUCUUCUUUAUAACCUAUGUGGAUAGGUACCAAUUUUAUUAACCCCUUCUCUAUAGACAAGGAAACAAGCACAGAAUAAGUCAGCAUAUGCAACCAGCGUCCAAGUCCUGGUAGUCAAGGGAGGAGAGUGAUUCAAGAAUGAGGGAAUAAUCAAUGCAGCAAUGAAAAUUGAAGGCCAAGUUUCGUAAGAGCUGAAAAUCCCCAUUGGAUUUGGCACUUGGAUCACUGCACUAAAGAUAAACCUGGCGGUUCCGGCGCGCGCGCGCGGAGCCCACGGGCCACACCCGCCUCCUAAACCGGACACCAGGCUUAGCCUAGGGAGAGAGGAGGCCACCAUGGACCAGCCAGCCGUCACCACUGCCUCCACCACACUAAGGGAGGGCCUGGUGCGUGGAGAAUCGUUCAUCACAGCCUUGAAACCAGCCCGAAAGACUUCCUCUUUUGAAAGAGAAGGAUGGUGGAGAAUAGCAUUAACAAAUACUCCUAUACCUGGCACUUACCACUUGAAAACUUUUAUUGAAGAAUCCCUAUUAAAUCCAGUGAUAGCAACCUACAAUUUUAAAAACGAAGGAAGGAAAAAACCACCUCUUGUGCAAAGGAACAAUCCAGUCCUAAAUGAUCUUCCACAGUAUAUGCCUCCUGACUUCCUGGACCUGUUAAAGAAGCAAGCGGCUACUUACUCAUUCAAAGACAAACCACGGCCAAGCCCCAGCACACUAGUUGACAAAGAUCAGUCACUUCAGCUUUCUCCGGGACAAUACAAUGUGCUUCCUGCACCGGUUCCCAAAUAUGCUUCCAGGAGCUGUGUAUUUCGGUCAACAGUUCAAAGAUUCCCAACAACCUAUUUUAUUCCUCAUGAAGGCCCUGGUCCAGGUGAUUAUAAUGUGAAAAUACCUCCCACAAGCUCUAUCACUUCUUGUUUUCAAUCCAGAGUCCCUCGAUUCUUGCCCAGCUAUUCAAAAACCCCAGGCCCGGGAGCAUAUACAACUUUAAGACAAUUCCCUAAGCAGUCUCCAACCAUAGCCAAAAUGGGCCGAGAACAUAGCCUUUUCUUCAACAACACAAUUGGCUUUUAAAAUAAAGCAAUCUUGGCACCAA